AUGACACCCAGAAGUGAGGGCCGUGAAUCAGGAAAGAAGGGAAGAAGCACACCGCGCCUGGACAGAGCUCCGGGGAUCCGGAAUGAGCAGACAGCGCUUGGACGGGUUUCCCUCCGAGUGAGCCGAGAGAGAGAAGUCUCCCUGCCCGGCCGCGGCGGCUUCUCCCUGAGCUGCGGGCUGGCGGAUGAGCCAGCGGCCGAGAGGGUGACCCAGGGCCGAGGCAGGGCUGGGGCUUCCUUGCUGCGCGCACUUGCCUCCCGCGCUGCGGAGGGGGUGACAAGCUGCGCGCGCUGCGGCAGCGGCCCGGGUUGGCCGCCCCGGCUGGGUAGGGCCGGGCACUGA